AGGGAGAGUGGGAAGGUGACAUCCGUCAGCACCUAGCCAUCGGUUGCUUUCUGUACCAUUAUAUGCACACAUGCUGAGAGUGCAUCGAGCGAGGCUGCUGGCGGCGAGCCGCGCGGCGCCCGACGGCGUCGAUGACGACGACAGCCGCGUCUGCUACGCCAUCGCGGCGUCGGUCGUGUCGCUGAUGCUCCUCUGCGGGAUCCUGUCCGUCCUGCCCAGCCCCAGGGCCUUCGUCGUCACCAAGGCAUACGUCAUCAUCGGCGUGCCCGCGGUCAUGCUCGUUCUCACGCUCAUCGGCUGGCUCGUGGCGCCGGGGAUCGGUGCUCUGGUAGCGUGGUGGGCUCCGGCGGCCGCGCCAGCGCCCGCGCGGCUGGCACGCCACCUCUGCGCGUGCGGGCUGACGGUCGCAGCGGUUGGGACGUUCGCGUACGAGGCACCCGCGGCGAACGACGAGGGCGAGCCGCGCCAGAGCUGCGUACUUUGCGCGGUGUGCCUGGAGGACGUGCGGGCCGGCGAGAUGGUGCGGCAGCUGCCCGCGUGCAGGCACAUGUUCCAUGCGGACUGCGUCGACGCGUGGCUGCGCUCCCACCGGACGUGCCCGCUCUGCCGCUGCGAGCUCCCACCGCAGACGGUCGGAGCAAAGGCCGCAGCUGCGCUGUCUUCGCCGUCGCCGGACGCGUUGCCGCCGGUGUGA